GCCGUGAACAAGAGCGCUGAAAGGAUCCCGUUGAGCGUGACGGGAACGGGGUAUGCAUCCCUUCGCUUCGCUCCUCCGAAACCGCAUACUUCGUAUACGUUUUCUUCGAAUCGAGCUACGGGGACGUUGCGAGUCUGCGACACUUUGCAAAGUACCUUUUUGUAUUUUGCCAGUAUCUCCUCCGUAUGUAGAAUACUAUAACCACUCCGUGCACAAGUGACCACUGACCUGUACAAGCAACACCCCACGUAGCAACACCCUGACAUACUUCUUCAAUUUAUUGUUGUUCUCAGGGUGGCUUUUGUUGAUAUAGUAUGGGUUUGUUCGAGUCAUCAAGGGAUAGGAGCAAACGCGCUAGGGAGGUUUAUCAAAUAUGCUUGUUUGGGACAGCCUUAGGCGCUAUUCUCUUACUUCUUGUAUUCUUGUGGAAUGACGCUGCCUUCGCGUCAUCCCGCAAGCAGUCAAUGCCCGGCUCGGACGCACCUAACUUUCCUAAGCCGCGAGUGGUGCGGCGAGGAAAAGCAAAGAAUACGUUCGGUACCAUUUACCACAACGAGCUCAUGAGUUACUAUGGUCUUAAUUCUGCAAGGCCAGAGACCUUUGCAAAGCUGCUAGGAACAUUACAAGAUAUGGAGCAGGCGAACAUCAAUACUGUACUGUUCUCCAUCAACUGGGACUUCUUUGAGCCCGAAGAGGACAAGCCGAACUGGGACUACCUAAACGCUCUCGUCGGGACAGCCUGUAAUUAUACCGUGCUCGAAGUCAGCCUCGCCUUUGAUAUGCUACAUGCUCCGAGCUGGCUACUACAAAAAUACCCCGACAGCUUUUCAAUGGAUGCCGAGGGCCGCAACUACACGACGCAGCUGUCCUGGUACCAUCCCGCUGCUAACGCACGGGGCCUAGACAUGCUACACCUUAUGGCAACUCACCUGGCGUCCAACUUCAGCGACUGCGUGUUCAGUAUGCAGCCCGUGUACAACAAUGAGGACGAGGCCAAGUUCACGCAGGAGUACGACGCCUUCCAGGACUACUCCCCGCCCGCCCUGGCCGCCUUCCGCGCCUGGCUGCGCACCCGCCGCCCCGACCUGGCCGACAUCAACAGCCGCUGGGGCAGCGAGUGGGGCGGCUGGGAGGAGGUGCGGCCGCCGGCGGUGCUGGCGGGCAACAGCGUGGGCGUGGAGACGAGUGCUAGGUGGGUGCUCGGGGGAGGUGGUGAGGAGGAGAGGAGAGGAGGAGGAGAGGUGAAGUGGACGCGAGACUGGGAUGGCCAGUGGGUUGCCAGCAUACUUUCUUACCCAUCCACCCGCCCUCUCACCACCCACUUCACCACAUGGCCUCCUGGGAUUGGGACUCGGUAGCUUCACUUUUCAUUCAUGUAAUGGUUCCUCCCCCCCCCCGCCGGCAGGUACUGGGACUGGAUGACGUUCCGAGUGGAAUCCGGGGCGGCCGUGUUGGAUACGGGCUGCAGGGUGGUCCGGGCAGCCGGGCUGCAGUGCUUCCACCACUUCCCCGAGUUCUUCUCCGUCCUCGACGCCAUCUACGGCGCCCCCAUGUUCAAACGCCUAGCCGCGAGCCCCCACACCGAUUUCAUAAUCAUGGACUCCAACUUCAUAACCGGCGACCGGGCAGCCAUCAUCAACCCCAUCAAGCUGCGAGUCUACCUCGCCGCUGCCAUACCGUACGGCAAACCGAUCUUCUUUAAGGCGGCGGUUGACCGUUACACGACAACCGAGGUGUUGCAUGGCGCCUUCCAGCACGCCCUCAUGGCGGGCGUUACGAGUCUGGGGAUUGGUAACAUUGCGCAGCUUACGGAGCGCGUGAACGUGUCGCUGGCAGCUGCCAUGCUGGCGCACCCCCCGUGUCGGGCGGAGGAGCUGGUGGGGGUGUUCCUGCACCUGGAUUCGUGCAUGGCGUGGCCUGGGCUGCAGUGGCGCGCGAGGCUCACUGACCCCAUGUACAACUUCAUGGAGGGGCUGGCCGGCAGGUUGACGGAGAGGUGCGAGACGGACAUCGCGCUGUAUGUGGAGCUGGAUCGCUUCCUGGCCGCCCUGCCGGCGUUCUCGAGGGUGCUGUUCGUUGAGCCGUUGGUGCUGUACGGCAAUGCAGAGUUUGAAAACUACAUGGCGGUGAAGUUUGCGCUGCAGGAGGUGCCACAUGAGGUGCUGCGGUUGCCAACGAACUCGAGCAUGGGCGUGUCAAUGCAAGUCCUGGAAGAUUUGUAGUGUACGAUAGUACGCUAGUACUGCAAUAUUGCACUACACAAAUUUGUAGUAGUUACGGAUUGUACUGCACAUAGUAACUUUUAAUGUCAGGUUCGGUUCUAGCAUGCAUGCAUGAUAAGCGUUAUAUAGCCGGGAUGUGAUGAAGUAAUGAGCCCGGACCUGGUUUCGUAAGAUCGUUGCUCUCGUACACGUUGUUCGUGAUUUCGUACGGAUGGGUAUGUGGGUUGUGUUCCAUGCGCAUUGGGGGGUGCGGAAAGGUUUCACCUUAGUAAUACCAUGAGGCUGGACGGAGAAGGUAUGGUUGGUUGGUUGCUUCUGUCCACUCGUAUGUUUUGUUGACCAGUUAAGGGUAUGCAUAUUUCGACUAGAGGUGACCUGUUAAGGAGUGGCAUGAAGCAUCACGUGCAUGUACGGAUUGGGCUUUGGAUGCAGCGCAAGCUGCAGGGUCUUUCAGCCCAUGACAUUGGACACCUUCCGUCGCGGGCAUUCCCGUAUUGUUUUAUUUUGUGCAGGUGUCUUUCAUGCGCCGAUUGUGCGCUGCUUGUGAUUGGAGUUAUCUCAGACGAAGUGAGCUGAGGGGAGGCAGGAGGUGGUGGGUGGGGCUACUCGUUGGCGUCCACUGCCCCCCAUGCUUGCCCAGUAUGGCCCAUCAUGUUAUUUCGGAUUUUGCGCUCGUUAACUCAUUAUGCUCCUGCUGCUCGUAUUUUGCAGUACUGCAGGAUGCACGACGGACGUGUGGGGUUUCAUGCACAUACGUAUUACAUGCAUAACACUUGUCGUACAAACGCAGUGAACAACCGCGUGUUGCUUUGGUGCCUUAACUUCUUAUACCACAGUUGCUUUGCUGAACCUGUUGGGCUUCCUUCACGUGACUUAUUACCAGUACCUCCGGAUCUUAGCCUGUUGCAUGACCUGUCUUCGGUGAAACCCAGAGUAAAGCAGUCAGGAGCAUGAAUGGAUGGUCGCUACAGGAGGAUAUUUUAGAUCGGGCCUGGUAUCCAACUUCUGCUGUAGAACGCGAUGACAUAAAGACAUUGCUCGGUGAAGUAUUGUGUGGCUUUCGGUAUUGGCUAAUGUGCCAAGGUUGUGUGGGGGUUAAGUGCUAUGGAGGCGUACUGUGGAGGGUGUUGCAACACAGAGGAAGAACAUACUGUGAUUGGAGAUGGAAUUACGGAAGGACGAUGCCACUUCUGUAAGGAAGUAUGACUGAAGAAGUAGGUUUCUUGCUAGCUGCCGUGGUGCGUGGAAGCAGAUGGCGCGCUUGCAUGGGUGUACGACAGCGAUGGCAAAUCGACCCAGCCUAUCAGGGCUGUCCACGCGUUUGUGCUUUUAACUGCCGUUGUGAUUGAUAGUAUCGGGUGGCCAUCCCUCUGCCGGGAUUGUGGCCGCCUAGGUCCCACCCACCCGCCCGAGGUCGCGCCUAGCGAGUGGGGGUUUGCUUGCGUUUCGUCUUUAGUAGGACAACCAGUUUGGGGAGCUUCUUGGACGCCGGUCUCUCAAUUAAGGGGGUCAAUCGGCAAUCGAGGUGCAACACUGGGUGCUGUCAGCACAAUCGGCCACUAGUGCAUCUUAAACAUGGGUUGGGGCGUCGGGAUGUGUGGGUUAGGGUAGGGUUCUUGGCGUGGAGGCGACGUACGGCUGGUUGGCUUCGGCUUACAUUAUCUGCUGUAACGCAUCACGGCAG